UAAAACUUCAUCGGACUCCAAUGGUGCUUCAAAUGACUCUUCCACAAACCCCGAGGGCUCUGCAAAACCUUCACAUUUCAAGAUAACUUUGCACCGUUCGGCCAUAGCCGGCAAAAUUCUCCGGUUGAAGGAGCUAGUCAAGGUUGAAAACGUCACAACCGACCAAGUAAAAACAAAAAGGGAGAUGAAAUUAGAAAGACGAGCUGUCAGAGGCUAUGUCAUCAAACAAAGGUUCAGGCAAGCCGGGGCAGCUUCCUCCACAAUUAAACCCUCGAUAAAAGAUACCUUCACUGGAGUAAAUAACUGGCGACUGGACCGACCCACGAAGGGACGAGAAUACGACACCAAUAGCUGA